GUACAUGUUCAUAACAUGCUAAUCAGCUUGCUGUAAACACUUCGCGAAACUUUUAACUUUUAUUUUAUUAUGCACUCCCAAAUUCUGCCGGAAAGGAAUAUUGGUUCCCGUUUUAUUGUAGUUUUUCUAUACUUGUGUUUUUUUUCAUCGCUGUGAAGUCCGUAAGAUGCCCCACCCACCUGCUUUCAAUCUAUUUGCAAACUUCGUUCCGCAAUUGUCACUGCAAGCUCUGUAAAGCUGUGCUCCAUUAAUAUUUUCCUUAAAUUUUUAACCAGCCAUAUUUAAUUUUAUUGCUCGACUGACUGCUCAUCAUGAAGCGAAUUAUAUUAUUUAUGAAUGGCUCAGAAGUUGAUGGGAAGGUGAUACUAGUGACGCACGAUUUGGAUGAGUUAUUAGCAGCAGCUAGCUCAAAAUUUGGAAUUGUAGCCAGACGUCUUUUCACCAAGCAGGGUGGAGAAAUAGAUGACAUCAAACUUCUCAGGGAUGAUGAUGUACUUUAUGUAUCCCGCGGUGAAGCAUUUAUUCCAAUGGGAGCCUCAGAUUUAUCAAAAAUUUUAUCGGAAGAGAUUGCAGUUGCAAGUCCUGAUUGGGUUACGCUGAAUGUUGGUGGGAAGUACUUUACCACCUCUCGCAGCACGCUUGUGUCCAAAGAGCCAGCCAGUAUGCUGGCAAGAAUGUUCGCUGAGAAUGAACAAGGCUAUCGGAUGACGCCUAGUGAUGUCGAUAAGAAUGGGGCUUUCCUAAUCGAUCGCAGCCCCACUUACUUCGAGCCCAUUCUUAACUAUUUGAGGAAUGGACAACUCUUAAUCGACUCGCAUGUUAAUCCUGAGGGUGUCCUAGAGGAGGCACGUUUCUUCGGAAUCGAAUCUAUCGUACCUCAACUGGAAAGCAUAGUUACUAGUAAGAAAAAAACCAAAGAUAGUAUGCCCUUAACUCGCAGAGAUGUGAUCAAUGCUUUGAUCAUUACACCAUUUACUGCUGAGCUACGGUUUCAAGGUGUGAAUUUAGCUGGUGCUGACUUAUCAAGAUUAGAUCUAAGAUAUAUCAAUUUCAAAUAUGCUUGUCUCCAUGGAUGCCGAAUGAAUGGAGCCAAUCUCAGUUGGUGUUGGUUAGAAAGAGCAGACCUCUCCCAUGCGCAGAUGGAAGGUGCUCAAUUGCUUGGCGUCCGAAUGUUGUGCGCUAAUCUAGAAUCUGCCAACCUGCGAGGCUGCUAUUUUGAGGAUCCAGCAGGAAGCCGUGCUAAUAUGGAAGGCGUUAAUCUCAAUGGUGCUGACUUGGAAGGCAGCAACAUGGCGGGUGUCAACUUGAGAGUUGCAACCCUGAAAAAUGCAAAUUUAAGGAGCUGUGAUCUUCGAGCUGCGGUUUUAGCUGGUGCCAACAUGGAGAGCUGCGAUUUGACUGGCAGUGAUUUACACGAGGCCAAUUUGCGCGGGGCAAACUUAAAAAACGCGUCGCUAGAUUUCCUUCUAAAUCCGCUACACAUGUCACAGACUGUGCGGUAAUUGUGCUGGAUUCUGGCUUUUCGUCAAAUGUUUUAUUGCUUAAUAUGUUGAUUGUUGAGAUAAGUUUGGGAGCCCAGCAUUUCUCGAUUAUACGCUGAUUUUUUUAUUAUUGCGCUGCGUUAAACACUAGUGCUACUUGCCGUAAUUUUACUCUUGAAGCACAUCUGUGGAAUGAUCAACUAUGUUACAUUCCUAUACAAAUGCGCUGGCUUUUUCAAUUUUGCUGUAACUUGGUUAAAUUGUGCAAUCCUGUGUUAGGUAGCGCCUAAAUAAUCUAAUGGGCUGCUAGAAAAUUGUGGAAUAAUCUGGUAAGCCAACAAACCUUUCCAGGCAUUGCGAAGCUAAGAGUUCAUUUAAAUCCAUUAAACCUUUUAAAAAUAUUUGCUCAACCCUGGUUCUUUUGAAAUCGUACCAGAGUCCAACUUUUUUUUCUUUAGUUCUGGAAUUUUUUUAUCUUGCUUGGUGCCUCGUGAAGACUGUGCGAUAUUGCCUUUAAUUAGAUUCAUCUUUUCUACUCCUUCAUAUUAUAUUCUUGCAUAUAUUAUCGCUAAUUCUUUUUAUGCUUGUGUCAUGUAGCUAGUCCGUGUCAUUUGCUAUUCCUAAAGAUGCAGUAAAAAAAUUGAUAUUCGACUAUGGUUAGAAAAAUUCUUUUCACAGGUCAACAGCUGAUUUUUUGUCAAAAAAAAUUGGUUGAUCUUAAGAUUGUAAAUGAAAGGAAGUGCUACGCAUCCUAUUCUUUCUUUAAAAUUUCACGUAGAUAAUAAUUUGCGCAACAGCAAAUUCGGAAAACAACGUGAGAAAGACAUUAUUGUGUGCACUAAAUAUUAAUCAACUGAAGGAUGGAUGAUUUCAUAUUUUUCCCUCACCAUUACCAUAGCGGUUACAGUGAAGCUCAUAUCGGUGGCUCUAGUGCAGAACCGAGUAUCUUUAUUGCGAUUUUUCAAAUUGUCCACUCCUAUUUUAUUUCUUUGAAGAGAAAUAAGCGAACUUAAUAGCUUAAAGUUUUUGCAGAAUAUUUUGCUAACUCAGAAGAAAAUAAUAACUUUUUUCAAGAAAUUACGAUGACUAGUUUUACAAAGAAAAAAUAAAGUAUGAUGGGAAGUCUUCAAUGCUGCAACUUAAGGUACCUACAACGUUUUGCAUUUUGGCCAAUGACUUUUUACUUUUUUCGAGUCAAAGUCGGAACUAUCGACAAGCAAAGUGUUUUUAUUUUGAGUUAAUAUGAAUCUUUCUCUAAUUAUUCAUACUGGACCACUGUCUAACCAGCCAAGAAUGCCCAAAUGAAACGUGGAAUAUUUUUUGGAUCAUCAUUUUAUCUUCGAUCACCAUGAACAUAUAUGACUGCAAUAAAGAAAUUUAAGAAGAAAUACAAAUAAUUUUGAAAAGAAAACAACAGAUUGCUUAUUAUUUGAGGGAGGAGCUGUCAAAAAAAUCCUUGGAAGUGGAAGGAGUUUGCACUGAUUUUCAAAAUUAAAGGAAAGAGAUUGCGGACCAUAUUGACUGACUCUUUUGAAUUUUAGAGGAAGAUUUUCCGGUAAUUUUAAUAGUGAAGGUAAGCUCCUAAGCUCGUUCAGUGCAUGAUUAAGUCUUUUUUAUUGCAUUGCAUACAAUGACAUCUUUUUUUCUGUGAUUUUGAAACUCUCGUAAAAAUGACCCACUAAGCAUUGCAACAUGUAGUAGAUUUCACAACUGCCAUGUCUCUGGUUGGACAAGAUUCGUUGGUAUUUAAUGUUAUCUUUUAGCAGCCAAAGAGGUAGGAAUAAAGGGAACUAGUCUUCUGGAAAGGCUGGUUGUAAUUUUAUUUUAUCUUAUUGUUUUUCACAAUCACCUCUCUUGAAGAAAAAUUAAUUACUAUGUAUCAAGUAAUCUUUAUUUGAGAACUCUGUCUGUACUGAAUUCUUUUUUUCUCACACGUCAAGUUUUAUUUUUAGACAUUUUGUUGAUUUUUUAUUGAAAUAGUUUUAUAAAUACAUAUACAGUCACAGUGAGUGUGACUUUUUAAUGAAGUGAAGGCUUGUUGCAGUUGUUAUGAUUGUCUUUGACCUUGCAGCUUGUAUGAACUAUCCUGUCCUGUGAUAAUGAGUAAAACAAAAUAAAUAUUUUUUUUUUCUUUUA